CUGAGCGAGAGCUCGAACUUUGAGGAAAGAGAAAAGAGAAGGGAGAACACCAUAAACACUUGGAUGGGUUAUAAUUGGUGGUUACAGAAUUCUUUGUCUGUAAAUAAUAUACAUAUUUUUUAAUUAAUACUGACUAUUUAAUUGGUUAAAUAUGUUGAUUAAUUAUAUUUAAUGAAGAAAGUGCCAAGUACUCGGAAUUCAGCUGUCAAGGUUAUCUGGUGACUUGGUUUUUCUCAACUCUCCUGGUUGGGGGAUUGUCAAAAUCAGCUGCCAUUGCUGUUGCUUUGAUAACGUACUUCAUUUUUUUUUAUAUAAUUAACUGGAUUGUUUACUUUUUUUAUUUACCUCGAGGAUUUUUCCGGGAAGUGAGUCAAGGAACUGGUCAAUGUAGACGCUGAGGACAAUAUGGAUCCCUCUAUGUUUGUUACUUACUCACCGCAGACAAAUGUAGUUCCCUUGGAGUCAAAGCUCGCUACUUAUAUGAACCGGCAGAGCCCGGCGACGACAUUGAAUGCCAAUGUGGUGACAAAACACUUGUCGAACUUAACUUUGGACUCUGGUAAAAAAGCUACUGCGAGUCCGGAAUUUGUGCCAGGACGUGGGCUUACUGGCAGUGCUAGUAGUUCACCAAAUCUUUUUGGUAAUUCAUAUCAUUCCCAGGAGAAUGUUGGCGGAACGACAUAUUUUUAUGUUAAUAAUACUGCUGGUGAUAAUGUUACUGAUGAUACUAAUGACAUUGGUAACAGUCAGGUAGGAUAUGUAUAUCCAGGUACACCUGGACACCUUCAAUCAACAAAACCAAUAAAAGUACCAGCAACAAAUAGUACAUCUGCCCCGUCCACACCACCACCUCCUCAAGUAAAUUCAAGUUUUUUUAUGAGUACCAAUCUACGUAUGGACAUACUCCACAAAAAUUCAUUGACACUAAGCCAACCCGACCCAGUACAAUUUCCUGACCUGCCAACAGAAGUUGACAACUAUCAUGAACUAUGUCCUCUGGAGCCAAUUCACAAACCCGCCUCGACCGUUUUAGGGUAUCAGACCUCCACGUACAAAGCCACCAGUUUAAAAAACGGAGUUCGUUAUUGUCUGCGCCGUGUUCAUGAUUUCCGACUCGGUAAUACCAAGUGCAUGGUACUAGUGGACAUGUGGAAGCGUAUUUUUCAUACAAACGUAGUCCAGCUUCUUGAAGUUUUUACUACCAAAGCAUUUGGCGACAAUUCGAUCGUAUUUGUGUAUGAUUACCAUCCUGGCGCGGAGACACUUCUCACAAAACAUUUUUCAGGAACGGAAUUAAAUGGAUACGCAGAUCCUUUUUGCUCAGAUCCAAAUGCCCCGCGGCCAUACAGUCAUACAAAAAAUACAAUAUUACGGCAACAGCACAGCAGUAUGUUGCCAGAGAGUGUUAUUUGGAGUUACAUAAUUCAGCUGACUGCUGCGUUACGUGUCAUCCAUUCUGGCGGAGUAGCGUAUCGAUGUUUAGAUCCAACGAAAGUUUUGCUGACGUCACGGAAUCGCUUGCGUUUAAGUUGUGCAGCAGUGCCGGACGUGGUAACAUUCGACGGUAACGCAGCGAAUCCAUUGUCGCUGAUUCUUCAUUAUCAGCAAGAAGAUCUUAUAGCUCUCGGUAAAUUGGUACUGGCAUUAGCAUGUCGGAGUUUAUUGGCCGUCCAUCGUGAUAAUAUUCAAGCAUCACUUGAACUUGUUGCGCGUUCUUACUCGACUGAUCUCCGUAAUUUUAUUUUAUAUUUGCUGUCAGAUCAAGCACGAAAAAGUGUUACGGAUCUUAUGCCGAUGAUCGGCGCACGUUUUUACACUCAAUUGGACGCAGUCCAGCUGCGUUCUGACGUUCUAGAAAAUGAGCUGGCAAAGGAACUAGAGAACGGCCGGCUCUUCAGGUUACUGGUCAAACUUGCGACGAUCAACGAAAGGCCAGAGCUUAAUAUGGAGUUAACAUGGGCCGAGACCGGUGACCGUUACAUGCUCAAGUUAUUUAGAGACUACGUUUUUCAUCAGGUCACUCCCAAUGAUCGGCCGUGGCUUGAUAUGGCCCACGUUGUCUCCUGUCUCAAUAAACUUGACGCUGGUUCACCUGACAAGAUUUGUCUAAUGUCCCGUGAUGAGCAGAGCGUAUUAGUUGUGAGUUAUGCAGAGCUCCGGCAAUGCUUGGAAAAUUCUUUCGACGAUUUGGUGCAAGCUGCAAAAGACGCCGUCGUCUGAGUUCGUUUAUUAUAAAUAUAAUUGAUAAGGAAAAGAAGAAGAAGAAGAAGAAUAAGAAAAAGAGAAGAAAAACGAAGAGGAUUAAAACGGAGCCCAGGUUUAAAUUUAUAUUCGGAAUGUACCGAUGUGAUAAAAUAAACAAUUAGCGGUACUGUAAUUUAAAAAAAAAAUGUUUAUCAGUUUUUUAAAUUACGAAUUGUGUCAAUGAAAAUAUUAAUUAUAAAUGAAAUAUUAAAUCAUACAACAGAACCCA